AUGCCUCCCCUUCCCCUCUUCCGUCUUCCUGGACUGGUCCUGUUCGAGGUAUUCAAAUCAUUGAGCAUCGGAGAAAAAAUCAAUCUCUCCCUCUGCUCCAAGAAGAUCUCCACUCAAAUCAACAAUGCUCGUUUGUGCUCUCAAAAAGUUAUAGUCAAUCUGGACAUGUUAGACCACGGAAUGAGAGUUCGCACUGAAAAUAACAGAGAUACAUUUGACAUUUUUAUUUCUUUAUACAGCAGAAGAAGAAACGAUCCGGAUAUGCAACAGUGUCAAAUCGAUGGGCAUACUGUACCUUUGUUUUCCUUCACCAGAGAAAUCGAUACAUUCUGGAAAAACUAUCAAGAAGGAUUUCUAUCUAUUAUUCGACAUCUAUCAAAGAUGUUUCAAUGCAAGAUUUUAAUUAGUGGUAGUUGUCAUUGUAGUGACAUAUUUCAACCAAUAAUUUCUGAACUGUUCAAUCUACAACUGGAAUUCGAGACGCUUAUUAUUCGCCCUAAUGGAUCAAAAGAUGAGAACUUGUUGUGGAACCAGAUAUCCAAUAAAUUCGGAUUGGUUGAGGAUCUUAACAUCUUGUCUAUUGUUGAUCCUGGUUUCAAACCAGUUUUCUCUUCUUGGCCGCAAAAGAUUAGUAUCACGAGUUCCGCUUGGUUCACUCUGGAAUCUCUAUUGGUCUGCCCAUGUUCGUUCAUUAAUCUCGAGGAUUCUCACCUGAAAACCAAUGAUUUGGAUGUGAUUCUUAAAAAGUGGAAGGCUGGAGGAUUUCCGAAUCUCGAGCGUCGAGCGAUCAAUGGUCAAGAUAUUACAAAUAAUGAAACGACGAUUUUGGGAAUGAGUCUAUGGGAAUUAUCCGGGAUGAACUGUACUCGAUCUCGACUCGGUCUGGAAAAGAACCAUUUGAAGGAUACUUUUGGAGGAUACAAUACGAAAGCUGCAACUUCAUAA